AUGUUCUCUUUCAUAGGCAUCGCAGCAGCGGCGCCAGGCGCGGGCAAGGGGCUGUAUCUUGUGCACAUGACGUCCGCGCCUCCGGUCGUCGCAUACAAAGGAGGAAUCGCGGGACUCACGGCGACGGCGGUGGCGGAGGAAGACGAGCCUUCCCCGGCCGGACGUACCGGGGGAGCGCGGGGCUACAAUUUCGCCGCCAACUCCUUCUGCGCGCAACUCACCCCCACGGAAGCGCAGCAGCUGCGGGCGCGCCCGGACGUUGGGCGCGUGGCGCGCGGGCGCAAGGUGCGCGCGCUCACGACGUACUCCCCGCGCUUCCUCAAGCUGGGCGCGCCGAAGGGCGCGUGGGAGGCGAACGGGGGGAAGAUGAGCGCGGGGGAGGGCGUGGUGGUGGGGAUUCUCGACACAGGCAUUUGGCCCGAACACCCUUCCUUCGCAAAUCAGGGCUAUGGUCCCCCACCCAAGCACUGGAAGGGCGCGUGUACGGGGCUGAAGAGGUGUAACGGCAAGGUGGUGGGCGCGCGCUACUUCCUCUCCGCGUACGAGCGCGAGUACGGCAAGAUCGCGCCAGGGGAGUAUCGCUCUGCGCGCGAUGCUGGCGGCCACGGCACGUGGUGUGCAGGAGCGGCGGUGGGCAACAGCGGGGUGGUGCUGACAGAGCGGGACGGCACGCCCAUCGGGACGGCCAGUGGCAUGGCGCCACGUGGCAGGCUGGCGGUGUACAAGGCGCUGUGGUACAACGCGUCAGAGGGGUACGGCCACGACUGCGACAUCUUUGCAGCCGUUGAUCAGGCCGUCGCGGACGGUGUGGAUGUGCUCUCCAUGAGCAUCGGAUCGGGCGAGGAUACCUACUUUGGCGACCUGCCCCUCCUGCGCGCAGCAGAGGUAAGACUGCGACUUACUUUGAAAACCUGA